CACAAAAAUUCGUGAAUAGUAAAGUUGUGGCGUAUUGUAUAUUUAGUUCGGAAAUUUCAAUUUUCUAUAAAAUUCUACUUCGUAUUUCUUUUGAUAUCACAAAUUCUAUACAAACAUAUAAAGUAAAAUAAAAAUUAAACAAUAUUCAUAAGCCUUACAACGGAAGCCUUAUUAAAUAGUUCCCUUAGAAUGGCUGGUGUUAAUGUUGAAACUCGAGAAAAUCGAUGGAGAAAGGCAAUUGUUGGUCCAUUACCUCCAGAUUUUCUUCGUAUUUCAACACCAAGGGAAAUUCAGGAAGCCGUCGAUUGCCAAGCUGCAAUGGCAUUGUAUCAACAACAAGCUAUGCCGCAAUAUGUGGCACCAAAUCAUGUCGGACGCCUUAGCAUUACUUGUGCCCAAGCCCGUUUAGUUCGUAAUUACGGUCUCACGCGAAUGGAUCCAUAUGUUCGAGUUCGUGUCGGUCAUUAUGUCUACGAAACACAAACCGAUCCAAAUGGUGGUAAAAAUCCACGUUGGAAUCGUGUCAUUCAAUCUCAGCUUCCUGUCGGCGUGAAUUCGAUUUCGGUUGAAGUCUACGAUGAAUGUAGUUUUAAAAUGGACGAACUAAUUGCAUGGACUGAAAUACGAAUCCCUGAAUCGGUAUUGCGCGGCGAAACCCACGAAGAAUGGUAUCCAUUGAGUGGCAAACAAGGUGAAGGUCUCGAAGGAAGCAUCGAUAUGGUUUUGAGUUUUGGCAAUCAACCUGUGACACCAUACAUGUAUCAGGCUAUAUCUGCAGCACCGAUGGUUAUGGUACCACCAGGACGACCAAUGCCAAUAUUUGUGGCCCCGCAACAACCACAAAUGCCACCUCCAAUUCCACAAAUCAGCGAAGCAGAUCUUAAACAGGUCCACGAAAUGUUCCCAGAUAUUGAUAAGGAAGUAGUAAAGUCCGUAUUCGAAGCAAAUCGAGGAAACAAAGAUGCAACUGUUAAUUCAUUACUUCAAAUGAACGAAUAGAAUAUUAUUUUUCUUUCUUUAUUUAAUUUGAUUAACAAAGCAUUCCGGCUUAGUGGAAGUGAAAAAAAGAUACCAAAAUAAAUUUAAACGUACACAACACACACACCCCCAUUAACAUUUGCGCGCUGUCUUUUAAACAUUUAUAACAGCAAAUUAUAAUUUAAUCCGAUAUUUCCAAUUUAUUUAUUUUUAAGGAUGAGAUAAAAAUCAAAUUAUUAUUAUAAUACGAAUAAAAUGUAAUUUUAAUAUAUAAAA